GGCUGCAGAUGGCUUCCAACACUCUGAGCGGUUUGUGACUUCCAGAGCUCCCCUCCUCAGGCCCGAGAUUUGAGGGCAGGGAACAGUGAGCACAGGAGCCAACUGGGCCACCGGGCCCCAUGGACCUGCCCCCGCAGCUCUCCUUUGCCCUUUAUGUGGCUGCCUUUGCACUGGGCUUCCCACUCAAUGCCCUGGCCAUUGUGGGUGCUGUGGCCCACGCCCGGCUUCGCCUCACUCCCAGCCUUGUCUAUGCGCUCCACCUGGGCUGCUCAGAUCUAUUGCUGGCGGCUUCCCUUCCCCUGAAGGCAGUGGAGGCCCUGGCCGCGGGAGCCUGGCCUCUGCCGGCCUCGCUCUGUCCUGCCUUUGCCUUGGUCCACUUUGCUCCGCUCUAUGCGGGUGGUGGCUUCCUGGCUGCCCUGAGUGUGGGCCGUUACCUAGGAGCUGCCUUCCCCUUGGGCUACCAAGCUGUGAGGAGGCCCUGCUAUUCCUGGUGUGUGUGUGUGACCAUAUGGGCCCUUGUCCUCUGUCACCUAGGGCUGGUCUUUGGGUUGGAGGCUCCGGGAGGCUGGAUGGCCAAUACCACCAGCUCCUUAGGCAUCAACACACCAGUCAACGGCUCUCCAGUCUGCUUGGAGGCCUGGGACCCAGCCUCAGCGGGCCCUGCUCGCCUCAGCCUCUCUCUCCUGCUCUUCUUUCUGCCCCUGACCAUCACAGCCUUCUGCUACGUGGGCUGUCUUCGGGCACUGGCCAGCUCAGGCCUGAGUCACAGACGGAAACUAAGAGCAGCGUGGGUGGCUGGUGGGGCGCUGCUCACACUGCUGCUCUGCUUGGGACCCUACAAUGCCUCCAAUGUGGCUGGCUUCUUGCAUCCCGACAUGGGAGGACGCUGGAGGAAGCUGGGGCUUCUCACAGGUGCUUGGAGCGUGGUGCUCAACCCAUUGGUGACAGGCUACUUGGGAAGGAGGGUUGGCCGGGGGACAUCAUGUGGGGCAAGAAUGAAAGGGGGUACAUCCCAGAAGUAG